AUGGUUCUUCAUAAGCUCUCCACAAAAUGCUCCAAGUCACGCAUUCUAGUCUUGCUAGUCAUCAGUGUUAUUAUUUUAUUUUUAACAUACGACGCCCGAGACAAGUCGGCACUGACAGUUGUCUCUACGGACGUCAUAGAACCACGCCCUGGUCAUUCGGCAUUGCUGCACGCUUCAAAAGAAGCAACACCUUCAGAUGUACACAUAUAUGCAGACAAACAGGCUCCACAAAAACCUGCAGUCAUACAGGUUCCAGAAAAACCAGUAGACAAACAGGCUCCACAGAAACCUACAGUCAGUCAGACUCCAGAAAGAUUUGCAAUGUUCGACAGGCAGAUGGUGGUUAGAUCUGCAAAUCUGAUGAAAGUCAAAGAAGUAGACUGCAAAGCCCUGUUCGCCGACUCGCGUAUUGAUAUAGAAAAAGCCAAAACUAUAACUCGGGACGUAGGGUUACCUGCUUUAAACGAAACGCACUACAUUAAUUUAACAUCAAACUGUAAACAGUUUCAAACUGAAAGAGGAUAUAUCAUGUCUUCACUGACGAAGGAAGAAGAGGAAUUUCCCCUGGCAUUUUCCAUGCUAGUUUUUAAAGAACCAGAGAUGGUGGAAAGGCUACUAAGAGCCAUAUACAGACCCCAAAAUUACUACUGUAUCCAUGUAGAUCAGAAGGCCACGGAACAUUUUUACAAAACAAUGCAGGCAUUAACAAAGUGUUUUCCUAAUGUGAUUAUCGCUACCAGGCGUAUUGAUGUACAGUGGGGGUGGUUCACCGUGUUAGAGCCAGAGCUGUUGUGCAUGGAGGAGUUGUGGAGGUUCCCAAGGUGGAAGUAUUUCUUUACUUUGACAGGACAGGAGUUUCCGCUCAAGACCAACCAUGAGCUGGUUAAAAUACUCACAGCGUAUGAUGGGGCUAAUGAUUUGGAGGGCACUAUUAAACGGGCAAAUUUUGACAGAUGGCGAUCGCCAGCUCCGUUCGGUAUCCGUCCAAUCAAAGGAUCUGUACAUAUAACUGUUAACAGGGACUUCGUCAACUACAUCCUCCACAACAACACGGCCAAGGUGCUGCUAGAGUGGGUCAAGCGGGACACCUCGUUCCCGGACGAGACCUUCUUCGCUACACUCAACCACAACCCCCAGCUCGGCAUUAGGGGUACCUAUAAAGGAGAACCGGAAACAGAUGAGGAGAAGAAACCUUUUCUGACGAGGUUCAAGAACUGGGGUCAUCUGCCGUGUGCCAGUGGCAACUACGUUCGUGCCAUCUGCAUUCUAUCAUUAGGAGACUUGCCCCAACUUGGUCAAGCUAAACAGUAUUUUGCCAACAAAUUUUACCUGUCCGAGGACAGAGCUGUGAUUGGAUGCCUGGAGGAGAAGAUCUUUAACGAUACUAGAGAUGAAUAUUUGGGUCUGAAAACUUUCGACGUCUCUUAUUAUGCCAGUUUAGAUUUUGUAAAAAAUAAAGUAUAG